AUGACUAGCGGCGAGAUAUUUAGUAUUAGCCAGAGAAUAGCAGCUGAGCGAGAGGCCAAGAAACGGUAUAAACAGCUCAAAGCUCAAGCUAGAGUCGCGAAGGCAAAGGAACGAGGGCAGAAGAAGGUAGAGAAGAUGGUUGCGGAUGCUUUAAAAGAGCGUGAUAGAAGAGAAGCGCAUCGCGGAUGCCCAAGCAAAAGAAGAGAAGCGACUUGCUGUAGCACAAGCAAACCAAAGUUGAUCGCUGCGGAGAUGAAAAGGCGUCUGGCUGCAGAAGCGAACGAGGAGAAUCGGCUUGCUGCAGCUCAAGAGAAAGAGAAAACGAAACGUGCUACCGCCGAAGCAAAGGAAGCGAAGCUGCUUGCAGCAGCUCAGGUGAAGGAGCUAAAAAGUCGUACCGCCGCCGAGACGAAGGAGAAGAAACGACGUAUCGCCGCAGCAGCGAAGAAGGACAAGAUGUUGAACAAGAAGCAGCUAUCCGAAGCCAAGCGUGAGCAACCAAGUGAGAGUGUCAUGUUGAAGCUCACAUCUGGUGAUUCCCAUACAAAUACCCUGUAUCAGAUUACGCUCUGA